UUGAAAGAAAAAAACUCAGCUCCUUCUUGAAAUCUUUACAUUAAUUAAAAAAAUUAUUAAAAAGUUCGUGAAUCUCCACCACUAACCCAUAAACCAAACCAAGCCCUAAUUUCCGAUGCAAAGUCAAAAGUAGAAGGCUAAUAAAACACAGUUUUUCUUGGGUAUUUUAAUGGCGGAGAAGCAAACUGAGACUGUUAAUUCUACGUUUCAUGGAGGGGAUGACGAUCAUAAUUAUUUAUACAGUCAGUUUUUUGCAGCUUUUAACGGCGUUAAGAGAUGGGCUUCUACUACUAUCUUCUUGUUCUUCUGCAUGCUUUUUCUUGGCGCCUUCUUUUUCAGAAUUGAUGUUUCAAUAAUCAGAGAUAAUUUUCUAAUUGGCACUAGAAGACCAAUUGAAUUUCCCCUAGAGUGCCCGGAAAAAGGCACACCAAUAACAUGCAAGGCCAAUUAUCCUGAGGUAUCGUCGCCGUCAUCAUCACCAGUUGCCGCAUGUCCGGACUAUUUCCGGUGGAUCCACGAAGAUCUACGGCCGUGGAAAGACACCGGAAUCUCGAGGGAAACGGUAGAAAAUGCGAAAAGAUUUGCAACUUUCAGAUUAGUGAUCAUUAACGGAACGGCAUAUCUGGAGAGAUAUCACCGGUCGUUUCAGACAAGAGAUUUGUUUACAUUAUGGGGAAUUUUGCAGCUUUUAAGGUUGUACCCCGGCAAAGUCCCGGAUUUGGAGCUGAUGUUUCAGUGCGGUGACAUGCCUGAGAUUCAGAAAAACGACUACCAAGGAGAGAAUGCCACGUUGCCUCCUCCUCUGCUGUUCCAAUAUUCUGGGAAUGAUGCAACUUAUGCUGUUACGUUUCCUGACUGGUCAUUUUGGGGUUGGGCUGAGGUGAAUAUAAGACCAUGGAAAAAUAUGAUAGAAGCAAUUAAAAAAGGAGCAAAGAAGAAGAAAUGGAAGAAUAGGAAACCCUAUGCAUAUUGGAAAGGAAACCCAUACGUUUCACCAAAUAGAGGAGACCUUUUGAGAUGCAAUGUCUCCGAUAAACAAGACUGGAAUGCUCGUCUCUAUGUCCAGGACUGGGUUAAAGAAGUAAAACAAGGAUACAAGCAUUCAAAAUUAGAAGAUCAGUGUGACCACAGAUACAAAAUAUAUAUAGAAGGAAGGGCUUGGUCUGUGAGUGACAAAUAUAUAAUUGCAUGCGAUUCCAUGACCUUGAUGGUGAAGCCUGUUUACUACGAUUUCUUCCUCAGAAGCUUGAUGCCAUUGCAGCAUUAUUGGCCUAUUAGUACACAAAAUAAAUGCCCUGAUAUCAAAUUUGCUGUCCAAUGGGGAAAUUCUCACCCUGAUAAGGCACAAGCAAUUGGGAAAGAAGGAACCAAAUUUAUUGAGGAAGACAUGAAAAUGGAAAACAUAUAUGCUUACAUGUUACAUUUAUUAAAUGAGUAUGCAAAAUUGCUAAAAUUCAAACCAGAAAUACCUAAAGGAAGAGUUGAAGUAUUAUGUGCAGAAUCCAUGGCAUGUAAUGAGGGUGGUUUGGUCAGAAACUUUUUGGAGGAGUCCAUGGUUUUGUCUCCAAGUACUUCACCUCCUUGUAAUAUGCCUCCUCCUUAUGACCAUUCUACCCUUCAACAUCUUUUUGAAGAAAAGGAAAACAUCACAAGAAAGAUUGAGAUGUGGGAGAAUGACUGGCAACACUUCAACAAAGGGAACAGCAAAAAUUAGUCUUCAACAGAGUAUGUUCUGUUUCCCAUAGAGUUUUUUUUUAUAUAGUAAAGGGUAAUUUUGGGUCAUAAAUUUAUGUCUCGGAAUUAAAUAGAUCCAGUUUGAUCAAUUAAGAUCAAAUAUAGAUUCAAAUCGAGAGAAAAAUAAGAAAAUUAUAGAUCUAUUUGAUCUUAAUGGAUGAAACUGGAUCUAAUUGAUAUUGCCACAUAAAUUUCUGGAGUAGAAUGACCCUUUUUUCUUAGCUUUUUUUAAUCAUCUAAACUAAUUUUGUGUGAAAAUGUAAAAUCUUGAAAUACUAUCCCACAGAAACAAAAAUAAAUUAAGGGGUAUAAUUAGUGGAGUCAAAGUAUGAAAUAGGUUCAAAAGAAAGAAAAGGAAUAACAAAAGUAAUUGUAAAAACAAGUGCAAUUUGUCAAAAGUAUUAAUUACUGUUAUUGUUAUUAAUUUUAUAGAUCACAAUUGUACUAAUAAUUUUAUUGUAUUAAGUGGCAUGGCAUGUGGUUUCCUGUUUCACAUCAGCUAAUUAUUGAAUUAAUUAAAUCUUGGACAAUUUUUUUAUAUUA